UUUGAAAUGAAUAAGAAGAAGAAAGCUCCCUCCCGACCGUUUCGAUCUCUCUCUCUCUCUCUAGAAACGCAUUUGCAGAUCUCUCUCUCUAAAAUCUCUCUGGACUUCACUUGGAUCUGCAAAUGCGCACCGUUUUAAUCACUUUAUCGUCUCUCUCGUCUUUUGAUUUCUCCUCUUUUCUGUCAUUGAAGCUCAGUUUGUUCGUGAGUUUGGGGGAAAUUGGAACGGAUUGGUAGGGGGGUUUAUAAUGAAUUGUGGUCGAGUAGGAAUUGGGCUGUGCAGCAGCUUCUUUAUUUGUAUAUCAAACAACAAUGGAAAGUAGUGACAGGUUAAUUUCUGCUCCUUUGGAUGGGCUUGUUAGCGACAGGAUCCCGAGACCACCCAAACUUCUUCACGGGAGGACUAGUGGCCCUGCAAGGCGUUCCACGAAGGGGCAAUGGAAAGCUGAAGAGGAUGAGAUUCUGCGCAAGGCUGUUCAGCGUUUCAAAGGAAAGAACUGGAAAAAAAUUGCUGAGUGUUUCAAGGACAGAACUGAUGUACAAUGUCUACAUAGGUGGCAGAAGGUCUUGAAUCCUGAACUUGUUAAAGGUCCUUGGUCAAAGGAGGAGGAUGAAAUAAUAAUUGAAUUGGUGAACAAAUAUGGGCCAAAGAAGUGGUCCACAAUUGCACAGCAUUUACCUGGACGUAUUGGAAAGCAGUGCCGGGAAAGGUGGCAUAAUCAUCUUAAUCCUGCAAUAAACAAAGAGGCGUGGACUCAGCAAGAGGAGGUGGCCUUGAUUCGUGCACAUCAAAUUUAUGGGAACAGAUGGGCAGAGCUGACAAAGUUUUUGCCUGGAAGGACAGACAAUGCCAUAAAAAAUCACUGGAACAGUUCUGUAAAGAAGAAACUGGACUCUUAUGUGGCAUCAGGUCUGUUAGAACAGUUCCAAUCCUCUCCUCUUGCUGGACAUCAAACUCUAUCCUUGCCCGCAUCUUCCUCAAGGCUGCACAGUUCUGGAGAUGAUAAUGCUCAGAGAGGUGGUUCAGAAGCAGAAGAUAUAUCAGAAUGCAGUCAAGAAUCAACUAUGGUUGGUUGCUCACAGUCUGCGGGUGACCAGGGUAUUGCAGUUUUUCAUACAAGAGAAGAAUUUCAGUUUGCUGAAGAAUCUGGUCCCAGAAAGGAGCAAAGCUCCAGUCCAGCAUCUUGUUCAGAACAAUAUUACAUCCCUGAAAUGCCUUGUGAAUUGGGUGGCUCUUCCAACUUUAUUCAGCAAAGUUUCUCCCAUAACACUUUGACUUCUGCAAACAGUGAUUAUCAAUUUGAAUUACAGGAGCUACCUAACAUAUCCACCCUAGAACUAGGGCAGGAAUCAUCAGGUUUGCCAACUCAUUGCAUAACUGCUAAUGAAAGCCAUGAACUGGUGAACGAUCCAUUUCAAACUUCCAUUGGCCUGGGUGCUCCUACUUCCAUGGGAAAUAUCGCUGCAAGUUCUGCACAAUCAGGCCAGAUAUUCGUAUCUGAUGAUGAAUGUUGCCGGAUUCUAUUCUCAGAGGCAGCAAAUUGUGAAAUUUUUUCCUCUGGAAAUAUUACAAAAGACUCAAAUGUGGCUGACUUAGGAGGUGACAUGGAUUCAUCACUUCCUCAAUCACCAAACAUCCAGAUAUCUGAAACAGAGAGAAGUGCUUCACAGUCAUUUUGUCCUCCAAGGUCUGCUAUAUUGGGAACUUCAUGCUGCCAAUCUUUUCUUCCCGGUUCUUCACUACAUUGUGCUGAUGAUAACAAACCUGUGUGUGGUAGGGAACCCAAUCUGUUAAUGGUCCAAUCAUUUGGAUCUCUCGAACAACAGUUUGUUACAAGCAUACAUGAUAGCUUUAUCUAUACCAUUGAUGCCAUCAACUCCUCAUGUGACAAUGGUACUGAUAACACAGAGCUGCAAGAGAAACCAUAUCUGAAGGAACCAUCAAAGUUAGUGCCUGUGAAUACUUUUCCUUCAGUCUCAGAUACCAUAUCAUCUUGUGCUGCAGAUGAGAAACCGAAUGUGCAUGCAGAACAGGAGGCAGGAGGUCUUUGCUAUGAACCUCCUCGUUUCCCAAGCUUGGAUAUGCCAUUUCUCAGUUGUGAUCUCGUACAAUCUGGCAGUGAUAUGCAACAAGAGUAUAGUCCUCUUGGUAUUCGCCAACUGAUGAUGUCUUCCAUGAACUGCAUCACUCCCUUUAGGUUAUGGGAUUCACCAUCUCGGGAUGGUAGCCCUGAUGCUGUUCUGAAAAGUGCUGCCAAGACUUUCACAGGUACACCAUCCAUCCUGAAGAAACGAAACCGUGAUUUAUUGUCACCCUUGUCAGAGAGAAGAGGUGACAAAAAGCUUGAGAUUGACAUGGCAUCCAAUUUGAGCAAAGAUUUUUCAUGUUUGGAUGUUAUGUUUGACGAGAGUGAGACUCACAACAGAUCAUCUCUGCUGCCCCCAUCAUCCAAUCAGGAAAAGAACCAUGAAUCCUCAGGUGAAGAUAAAGAAAAUCUGGACCCUGCCCUUGAAGUCGCAGAUGAAUUUUGCGGUAAUACCAAGGAUAAUGUAAAGCAAGGGACAGCUGAUAGUGAUGCAAGGUCCAAGGUUCAUUCCGAUGCUAAUGUGCAACAGUCUUCUGGAGUCCUAUCUGAAGAAAACACCAAUGAUCUGUUAUUUUCUCCUGAUCAACUUGGUUUUAAAGCAGACCGAGCAUUUGGUCCAAGUGCUCGAACUCCCAGGAAUUUGUACCGUAAAAUUUUGGGCACUUUAUCAGAGCAUGCCAGUGGUUCAGAAUCCUCAUUUGGAAAUCCAUGUAUGAUCUUUAGCUCUACGAGUUGUAAGAACCAUGAAAAUCACAUAAUUGAAAGCACAUCAGUUCAAUCUAUUCCGUCAUCAGCACCAUCAGAGAAUAUACCAGAUAAUUCUGGGAACAAUGCUGGAACUGGAAAUUUUGGCAUAUUUGGUGAUACUCCUUUCAAAAGGAGUAUCGAAUCCCCUUCGGCAUGGAAGUCACCUUGGUUCAUUAAUUCUUUUGUGCCAGGCCCAAGGAUUGAUACAGACAUAUCCAUCGAGGAUAUUGGGUAUUUCAUGAGUCCUGGGGACAGAAGCUAUGAUGCCAUUGCACUAAUGAAGCAGUUAAGUGAGCACACUGCAUCUGCAUAUGCCGAUGCCUUGGAGGUUUUGGGUAAGGACACUCCCGAGUCCAUAUUAAAAGAAAGGAGGCGCUCCAAUGAUCAAAAUGGUGACCAAGAGAAUCGCUCCCAUUUGGCUUCAAAUGUUUUGACAGAAUGCCGGACCCUUGACUUUAGUGAAUGUGGAACACCUGGGAAGCUAACAGAAAAUGGGAAAUCUUCAAGUGCCAUCAGCUUUUCAAGUCCCUCCGCUUAUCUGUUGAAGGGUUGCAGAUAGUAGUGGUACCUGGCCAAUGCCUUCCGCUGUCACUAUUUGUAGUUUAUAUUAUACAUAUAUGUAUAUUUGCUGCCAUUUUUUCGUUCUUCCUAUUGUUCGGUGCUGGAUUCCUUUUCAAUUAAAUGAUAGAAGAUUUUCUCUGUA